CGCUUCAAUUUACCUCUCUGAUCACAGCGGACGGUUCAGAAGAGACUCCAGAAGAAAACCUGGCCAUCAUGAUGCUUGGUUAUUGUCUAGCCGCUCUGCUGGCUGUCUGUUUCGCUCAGGAUGCCAUGCACACUCCGCCCAAGGUUCAGGUGUACAGCCACAAACCGGGAGAGUAUGGGAAAGAAAACACCCUGAUCUGCCGCGUGAGCGGCUUCCACCCCCCUGACAUCACCAUCGAGCUGAUGAAGAACGACAUGGAGAUCCCCGAAGCCCAGCAGACCGACCUGGCCUUCAAAAAGGGCUGGCACUUCCACCUGACCAAGAACGUGGCCUUCACACCCAAUCGUGAGGAUAGGUACAGCUGCAAGGUCACGCACGGGACGACAGUGAACAACUACGCCUGGGAGGCAAACAUGUAAUGCACAUGACAGUGGAGGCCCAGAUCGAGUGAUACCAGAUAUUUUUGGCCCGGCUGCAGCGUGUAUUCUUCACAUCUCCAAUCAACAGGAUCACAGUCUCUACCGACUUCCUCACCUCCCUUUUUACCCACAAAACAUGAGAUAAAUAUCAAUAUCAAUAUAAUCAGAAUUUCUCACUCAACUAUUUAAAUGGGAGAUAUUGCACGGGCUGCGGAAGCGCUUAUGCGUUUUGUGAUUUAGCGAUGUAGUUGCUUUGACAACCUAUUUUCCAGCUUUUGAUAAUGAAAUGUGUGUAACUGAUAACGAAAUGUUUAUUUGUUUCUGUAAACAAAGUGUUGAGAUGUAAUUACUCUUUUCUCUACCUAGAUGAGGCAAUCAAAUGCUAAUUGGUCACGUUAGAAAUACACAAAUUGGAUGUGUUUAACAAUUUUGAUUUUUUAGUUAAGGUAUUUGUUAAUCCCCUUUACAAAAUAAAUGCCUCUUGAAAAAUC